AAUGGCUUCUCUUGACAGGGUAAAAGUAUUAGUUUUAGGAGAUUCCGGGGUGGGUAAGUCUUCCUUGGUCCAUCUGCUAUGUCAGAAUCAGGUGUUAGGAAAUCCAUCAUGGACUGUUGGUUGCUCUGUGGAUGUACGGGUGCAAGACUAUAAAGAGGGUACCCCAGAGGAGAAAACCUACUACAUUGAACUCUGGGAUGUCGGAGGAUCUAUUGGCAGUGCCAGCAGCAUCAAAAGCACCAGAGCCGUCUUCUACAAUUCAGUUAAUGGAAUUAUGUUGGUACACGAUUUAACAAAUAAGAAAUCCUCUCAGAAUCUCUACCGCUGGUCACUAGAAGCUUUAAACAAGGAUUCCUCGCCAACAGGAGUCAUUGUCUCAAACGGUGACUAUGAUAGAGAGCAGUUUGCUGAGAACCCAGUGCCUUUGCUGCUGAUUGGCACCAAGUUUGACCAGAUCCCAGAGAAUAAACGCAAUGAAGUUCUCACUCGGACGGCCUUCCUGUCUGAAGACUUCAAUGCAGAGGAGAUCAAUCUCGACUGCACCAACCCAAGAUACCUUGCUGCAGGCACAUCAAACGCAGUGAAGCUUAGCAGGUUCUUUGACAAGGUAAUCGAGAAGAGAUAUUUCACAAGAGAUCCAAGUCAGAUGCCGGGUUUCACAGACAGAAAACGGUUCAACUUCAAAAGUUUGCACUAUGACUGAAACGCCAUGAACGCAACAGCAGUGGUCUGUGGUUUGGCUGUAAUGCCUUGGGGCUUUUACACCACAAAGCACACUCACUGACAUACUUUGUGUACCUCCCCCCCACCUGCCUAUUGUUUUUUUCACUGCCAUUUCUUCUUCAUGCAAAUCCUUCUCAACACUUUUUCAUCUGCUGUGUGUAAAGAUUUAAAUUCCCGCUGCAAAAAAUAGAAUUACAAAAUAAUAGAAUAGUUCAUAGAAUAAUAAAGAUAAAUAUGUACAUUCAGUUUAGCACAUUUCAGAAAUGAAGAAACAUGCAAGAUGAUGUCAAAGGGCAUAGGCACAUCCUAUAAAUGUACAGUGAGAUUUUGUGUUAAAUCAAAAAGUUUUUAAUUCCAUUUUCUUUUUUUUAUACAUUCAGUUUAUUUCACAUGCAAAAACAUUACAUAUACCAGUUUCUUGAAUAAUUUUUUUCAAAACUAAAACUACUAUCAUUCACAUUCUCUAAAUGUUUGCUGUGUUAUUUAAUAAGCAAGUGAAGAAAGAACAACAUUCUUGUCCUCCUGAAUAGUGGCUCAUGCAACGUUCCCCAAUCACUUCAUCACUUUCUUAAUCCAGGGGAGAAAGAAAUUGACUUUAGUGAAGACAUGGGGAUACUGGGGAUCAUUACAAUCAGAUUUAUAGGUAAAAGCUGUUAAACCCUGAGGCUUGCUGUUGCAGAUAAGUGGUCCACCGGAGUCCCCCUAAGAAAAAGGCAGCAGAAAGAGUUGAUUGAGUAGACUGCAAAAAAAGAUGAAUUAAACUUGUUUUUGAUUAAUAAAAGAAAUCAGUUUUCAGCA